AGGCGAAUUGUUAUGAAAAUAUUCGCUAAUUUACUUUUCGCAUUUUCGCCAGUUGUUAACGUUUAACUGUUUAAUUUUGUUAUAUUGCAUUUUUUUAUUUUACAUUUACCGCACAUCGGUUUCAAAGUGCAUUCAGAUGUUCACAAAGUGACUACUAUCCGCGAGUGAUGUUUUCAGUUCCUUUUUGUUUUGUCCAGAAAUAUAAAAUUUCUGGUUGAUUUGCGAUGGAGGAAGUCAGGCAGCUCGUGCAAGAGGAGGGCCGAGAGGCUCGGAACCUCGUUGCAUUCCAUGUGGCCGUGGACACACCAAGUCGCAUCUCCCGCAAGCCGCCCCGCGCGGGCGCACCGCCUCCCCGCCGUGCAACGCCACGCGCCGCCACACGCCUCCGAUCCGCCUCAGCCGGGAGGGACAAGCGCUCAGAACUCCGCGCUAGGUACUGGGCACUGCUGUUUGGAGAUCUACAGCGAGCCAUUGGCGAAAUUUACAACACAGUUGAGGCUCACGAAAACUUAAACGAGUGCCAAGAAGUGAUCCUCGUUUUAGAGAACUACACUCGCGAUUUCAAAGCUCUUGGCGAAUGGUUUCGACUGAAAUGGGAGUACGAUAACACCCCUCCUCCUCAAAGACCGCAGAGUCUAGCGUGGGAGAUUAGAAAGACUGACUUCGUACGCCCAGAGUCCCGAAAAGGCUAUUCAGUCAAAAGCUCCCCAUCAGUGUCAGGCAAAAACAGUCCUUGCCUCUCAGGACAUAACACACCAAGUGGCAAAAACAGCCCAAACUUAACUGGCAAAGCUAGCCCCGGUAGCGGCAAAGUCAGCCCAAGGGUUACAGGACAUUCCAACAACAGUCCUAAAGCUAAUAUUGAGUUUUUCAGUAACAAAAUCGCUUCAAAAAUCACAACUAAACCUGAGCCUAAAUCUGCUAAAGAGUUGUCAAGACUUUCUGAUAUAAAGGAAAAAGAUGUUAAGGACACCGUUGAAGAGAAUGAAUCAGUAAAUGAAAAACCUCCGGCAGACGACAAGGAGGAAAAAUCAACUAAAGAUCUGGCAUCUCAAACAAUCGAUAAAGACAGUAAGCUGAUCAAAGCUUCAAUAGUUGAAAUAGGCAAAGCAAAAGAAAGCCCAAAUGCUGCACCAAAAAUGGUUGUCAUCAAAUCACCGAAACGCACAUUAACACAAGAUGAUGGUAAAACAGUCAAUGGAGACAUUUCCAGCCAGGCCAAGGCUACCAUAGCGAAACUCGAUGCUAUGGAAAAUGAAUUCUUAGCUAAACAACUGACUGACAAUGCAGCCAAGAAUGAGAACAUGCUUAAUCUUGAUAAAGAGAUUGAAAAAGCUGUUACAGUUGAUGCAAAUGAUAAACCAGUGAAAAUCAAAGAUCAAGUAAAAGAUAUCAAUGGAAAAGUUGAUGUUGUUAAUAAGAAAGAUAAUAUUGUCAAUGAUGAUGCUAUUGUUGAUGAAAAAGACAGCGUUUCAACAGAGUCACCUGCGAAAUCAGAAGACAACUUUGGUGACGUUUCUAAUGAAAGCUCUUCUAAGUCCAGUGAUGAAAAGCCCACACUAAACGGCGAUAUAGUACAUGAUGUCUCAAAAACUAUUAAAGAGAUCAGUGCAUCAACUGAAAUUAAAACGAUCGAUAUGAAAAAUCAAGAGUCAGGUCCGAAACAACAAAACGAGAAGCCAAGAAACCCAGAACCAUUAAAUGGAACAAAGGAAGAGGUCGCUAUGAUUGAUGAUACUUCAAAAAAAGAAACAUCAGAAAUUAAAGAACCGUCGGACGUGAAGGAAAUAAAGAAAGAUCAUGAUCCAAAAAAAGUUGAACCCAAACCUGCAGUUGAAAAGCCAAACACAAGACCAGCUUACUCCCAAGCAGCGGCUAAGCCAAAACCAGUGAAUACAACCAAAACAGAAGUUAAAACUCCAACAAGAUUCAUAGCCAGAAGCAAAACUGUUGUUGAAAUGCGACCCGACCCAGCUUCAAAAGCUCAAAGGCCAUUUCCAAAACGCAAUCAGACUAGCAAGUGCAGCUACCCAUUUAAUCUGACUACAGGAAGAACUAGUCUGUUUGAUGCUCCAGCCAACAAGGCAGUGUCUAAAAAGCCCCCUAAUCGCACACAAAUGGGCUCUGGUGAUAAUAAGAAUGUAGCUAAAGUUGAUUUAAAAAAGCGACCACCACGACCAGUAACACUGAAAAUAAACGAGAAAGGAGAUAAAACAGAGAAACUCAAUCCUGCAUUUGAUAAGAAGGAUGGAGAAGAAUACAGUAGUUCCGAUACUAUUGUGACUCAGAUAGACAUGUCACGAAUUGAAUCCAGUGAGAGUUUGAAGACUUUAGUUCCAGAAGAGGGAGAGUUUGCCAAUUCUGUUGAAGUACUUAACGUUGAUAAUGCUAAGUGCGAUAAUGAUGGCUGGCUGACUGUGAAGUCUAGACGGUUGAGCCGUGAGUCGAAGAAGCAAUCUAAAUCGCACUGGGCGAACAGAUUCCAUCAGCCCUCAGCAACAACCAGCUUACCAACUCUAAACAUGAUUGAAUCCCCAAAACAGGAGGUAAAAGAAAUUAUAUCAGCGUCGAAACUAGAUCGUGCGAAAUCUGAACAGCCACAAAAUAAGCCAGAGAAACCUAAAGUGGUGAAACCAAAGCCUGAAAUUAAGGAAGCUAAGAAAGAUUUGUCGAUCAUAAGACAGAAAUCUGAUGUGACUGGGUUGAAAACCCGUACGUCUCGAAGCAAAGCUUUGAAACGGGAGAAAGUCAAAGACACUCCUAAAGACGAUGGAUCUGAAUUGACCAAGAACCGCUUACAUUCAUCUCUAGAAAGCCUAACAACUGGCCUCGCUAGAUCUCAAGAAAAAACCCAAGAAACAUUCGACUUCGACAAAUGGAAGUCUGAGUUCAUGACGACUUUCAAAUUCCUGGAAGACGAUGAUCAAAUGAAUGAUCAUAACGAGAUUCUGAAGUCUGCCGAUCCGUCGGAAAUGUCUGAGAUAGCGGAGAUGACAUCACAGAUUGAGGAGAAUGAGAGGAAGAUCAGUUGGGCGCUUGACUUCCAGUCGGAAGUCGAUCAGAGGAAGUUGUGUGAGGAGGAAGACUUGCUGAACAGGCAGAUCAUGGAACUGCAGCAAGUUUCCGAUAUUGAUUUGGACACUGAAACUGAUGAUACUGAGACUGACGCAGAAAUCCUCUGCGAGGACACAUCAGCGGGCGUCUCCUGCCAGUCUACUGAGAACCUGUCCUUAGCCGCAAGUCUAGAAGACCAGUAUGAGACCGCUCUAGCCGGCAUGUCUUGGGCUGAACGAGUGGAUACCUUGGGAGCUUUGGAAGCACUGGUCGCUAGGGAUCCAGGUCGUGCCCAACAACUCCACGCGAAGUUAUCGCAAGGCAUCAAGCGUCGCGGCAGCUUGCAGGACGCGUUGCGGCGCCUGCAGCUGAAGCAAGCUCGCGCCGAGCGGCAGAGGAUCGAGUACCAGACUGAACGCGCUAGGAAGAUACACCAGCUGCUGGCCAGGGUUGAGGAGGUUAAGGUGGCUAAGAAUCAGCUUAUAGAUGAAAAGCGACUGCGUAUGGAGAGGCGCCUUCAGAAAGCCGCUGAGAACAGAGACCAACAUCUCAAGGACAUAGUCCGCAAAGCCCACGAUGAAGAAGAGAAACUACGUGAGAUAGCAUUCAUCAAACAGCUAGAAGCCGAGAACAGGCGACAUGAGUUCCUCGAGCAGUGCCGCACGCAUACUACACGAUUGCGACAAAUGAGACGGGAUCGAUUGUCAAAACUUGAACAAAAAGCAGCUCGCGAAGCCGCAGUAGGAGCUCGUCGCCAGGCGCUGGAGGCGGCUCGCAAGCUGCACGUGGAGACUCUGCUCGAGAAGAGGAAGGAGAGAGACGCCAGGGUCGAGGAGCUCAAGGAGCUCAAGAAGCAGGAGAGAGAUGACGCUGCUAGGGAGAAGGCGGAAGGCGUAAAAUCCCGUCUAUCAGCAUUGGCGGCGGCUGCUGAGCUAGAAGCUGAUGCCCUGAGGUCCCGCAUCCGAGACAAGCAGGACGCCAGCCAGCUCCGCCUCGAGAACCACCUGCAGGCCAUACGGGAGAAGGCCACUACUGGACCCAGGCAGCCUACAACAUCAGAAAGCCAGGAUCAGACUGCAAAAGAAGAGAAGGACUUACAAGAGGAAGCCGAGAGACUGGAACAAGAGAGACGCGAGAGAGAGAAGCAGAAAGCUAUCAAGAAGAAAGCCAGGAAGGUCAAACAGAAACUAUUAAGCACAAGCAACGAAACAAUAGCACUAGAUGAAACGGCAAUCAUAGAUGUAUUAACUCCUACAAUAACCAAAACGUGCAAAGUCAUUCACCAAAUUUCGCACAUUAUCGACCCGUUCCUAGAAAACUCGAAUUGUGACACAGAAAACAAGAAAACCGAACAAAACGGCUUCGAAGAAGAACCGGACAAGAAAAAACACAAGAAAAACAAAAAUAAAAUCGUCAACGGAGAUGUGGAGAAGAAGUCUAAUAAAUUGGAGAAUAAUAAUAACAAGGAAGAAGAUGGGGAAGUGAAUACUAAUAAGAGAAAGAAGAAGAAGAAUGGUGAUAAAGAUAAGCCUAAAUUGAGUAAGACUAGUUCGGUUUGCUCUUCUCUGAGUGAUAUGAGUUUUAGUUCAGGGAAGACGGAGAAGAAUAAAGGUGUCAUAGAUAUGCCUUAUUUGGAGAGGCAAUUGAAUGAGUUGCAUAGAAUCGUGGAGAAGUGCACUAAAUUGCCAGCGGCGGAGAAGAAUUCUCUACACAAGAUACAUUUGCUGAAAGUAAUGGGAGAUCUGUUUUCGAUUGCCUGCGACCGAGAUGAUCUUGUAUCGCAGUUUACUGCUAAAGCACUGCACACCGCGGUGCUGGCGACGUCUCGCACGAUAUCCGCGUGCAACACGAGCGCCGCCUACUUCAUGAGCACCGGCGUCUGCGUCUACGUCGUCAAGCUGCUCAGUAUGCUACUGGAAAAAGACCUCCACGCCGACCAACGCGACAUGGAUCUAGCGCGGCAGCUCAGCGACUGCCUCUCAGUGGCCCUGGACUCCGUGCUGUGUUCCACUCACCUGUAUGAAGAGACCAGUGAUACCAGUGCUGAAGACCUGGAGCUGCUCACCACGUUGAGGAGCAGGGCGCAUCAGCUGAUCAGCUACCUAUGCCUAACUGGGUGCAUAACUCGUGCGGAAAAAGCCGGUUCUGCACGGGAAAGUAUUCAGACGCUGCUGACGGUCUGUGCUGAUCUCUGCCAUCCUUGUGAUGCUGAUGUUGGUUCAGAACGCAUUUGCGCCACACAGUCUCUCCGCUGCGCACUUGGCACGGGCGUGGUGGGUUCCCGGGCGGAGUUCUGCAUGUUGUUCGCUCAGGGUGCUGGGCUGGAACAUAGCGGUGGAUUUGUGAGGGCUGCCCGCACUGCGCAUCUGCUGCGAGCGUUAGCUGAGCUGGAUCAUCAGAUUGUGCAGGAUGCUUUCGGAGAAGGUGGCUGGCCGCUGGAGUUCAGGGCGGCUGUGGCGAGGUUGCUGUCACAACAUGCACCCAAUGAUAAAGAAGCACCUAGGACCACGGCUUUGCGUCUAAGCAAUCAGCGGUUGGAUCAGACUCUGUCAGAAACCAUGGUGUUGGAUCUCAUCGUUCUAGUCGGAUUUGUCGUUGUCAACAAUCCACAAUUACAGGAAACCAUCUGUGACGGCUGGGGCGUGAUCAAGACCCUCUGCACUCUGCCAGCUAACUGGCUGGUCUCCAAGACACACAGCCACUGCUUGCUGCCAACGUUGGUGGCUUUGUCUGAGCUGCCCGCAGCUGCUGCCGCUAUAGCCUCUGAGCUUAGCAUGACUAUGCUGGACGAAUACAUGAAGAGCCCAGAUGCACAACAAGUUAAACUGGUACAAGUGAUCAAGCAAGGACGAGCGAAGAAAGGUAAGAAUAACAAGGAAAAGUAGACUGAAAAUACAAGAAUGUGUUAUAAAAUGUAUUAAACUAGCUAACAAAGACCCGAACGAGGUUGUAACUACCGAAGAAUAUAAACUUGGAAACUUCGACGAUGAAGAAUAUGAACAAGCUAUUGGUGGGUUAAGUAAUAACCUAAUUCUGAAAGCUGUUUUCCAUCUAAUGCAAGAUUUAAAUGAAGGCCUAAAUUAGUAUUAGACUUCAGAAGUUGAUGUUUCUCUCAUUCAUAAUCGAUCAAUCAAUAUAGGGUGUAAAGGUUUUGCUAAUCAAUCGAGAUUUGGUGUGUUUGGUUUUGAUUCGAAUGAUUGGAUUGAUUCGAUUUUCAUUUCAUAGUUCAUAUUUGUGACGCUAAUUAAUCAAUCAAGCUGCUAAGUACAUAGUUUUAUCUUUCAAAGAGUUUGGCGUUCUGAGAUUUCAAUUUGAAGUCUCAUUUGAAUUGUUUUAACUGUCUAUUAUUCUUUUGUUUUUAUUUAAGUUUCAUUGUAGUUGUGUACUUACUGUGUUUGUGUCAUUUUCAUUAGUUUCAUUAUCUGCUUCUCUUCUAUUCAGGGUUAUUAUACUCCCUUUUGUGCCAUUCAUGUUUGUGCCAAUUCUUGCUCAUAUCAUUCUCUCUUGUUACUCUAAUCAAGUCUUCUAGUUUUUUCUAUCUAACAUCGUAAAACCCUUUUAUAAAUGUGCUCGUGCAUUUAGAAUUCCUUCCUUCCUUCUUUCAUUUGUAAUCCAAAGUAGAUCAAUUUCUACUCAUUAACCAAGUCUGUUGCAUUUGCAUCAAUUUCAUUCUGCAUCUGUCUUUGUUAAACAUUCCUUUUUCGCUUCAUUCCAUUUAUUUCAUGUCCAACGCACAACCUUCGGACGCUCAAAGUUAAUUCGCUUCAUUAUAUUAAGUCUAAAUUAAAAUAUCAUAAAAAAGCAAACUAGUCAAAUAUCUUGUAACUUAAUUCGCAGUAUUUUAGAAUAUUAGUACUCAAUUGAUUAGCAUCACCAAAAAUAUCUUAUAGUAUGCACAGCCUAUAUGGCAACACCCAAUAUUUAAAUAAAAAUAUUAGUCUUAGUUUUUACUAAAACAAUAUAGACGUUUUACGCCGAAACCUUUCAAGAUACGAAAGGGCUAGGCAAAUAAAGAAUGUAGGUAGACGUUUAUCUAGUGUUUGAGUAAAUGCUUUCGACAAUUAUUAUUGAUAUGUAGUUGGUAAAAAAUUGUACACUUUUUGAUGUGAGUCUAUUUAUCUAUUUUUCUAUGGUUGUAGACUAGAACUAGACAAAAAACUUCACCCUUCUUUGUAGCUGGGUAAAAAUGUAUUUCAACAAACUUUAUAACGUAUUGGAUUUUAUCCGUUGUGAUUUUAAAUCGUGGACGGUUUUCGUAGAAAUUAUUUUCUUCUUUUGUUAUUUUAAAAGCAAUGCAUUUAGUUUUAAAUUCAUUAUGGUUAGUGAUAUUACUUAAUUAUGAUAAAAUAUUGUGUUCGCAUCUAUUUUUAUUAAUAUACUAGUCAAUGCCUGGCAUCGUUCCAGUCUCUCUGUGUUUUAAAAUAAUUAUGAAGUAAACAUGACUGAUUUCUCUUAGUUUAUCUCAUUAAUUGUUGUUUUAUGUGGUCUGUUUUUUAACUCCAUACAUUGUUUUCUUCGUAAACAAACUUAUGUUUUACAUUAACGUCUGACACGAUUUUUGCAACUUUAUUCUUGUUUUUCAAAGUACGAACACGAUUUAAAAUCUCAACUGUUACUUAAAAACUAUGCUCUGUAAAAUUACUUCUUAGGAAUGGAUAAAAAACGUGAGUGCUAAAAGAGUGCCUUGGGGGACACUCUUGUUGGACGGUUGUAAAACAAGGUAUUCUAACGAAUCUUUCAUUUUAAAAGAUUCGAAUGCUGUGAUAAAUGAAAAAGAAAGGACGGAAAUUAUUCCCUCCUAAAAGAGAAGAGAUUUUGUAACUGAAAACGGCUGAAAAGUUAAUGUCAAUGCUAUCAAAUGCUUAUGUCAGUUCGACAUCUAAUAUUUUGUUUUCUAUUUUUUCCGAUUUUUAUUUUUGUGAUAAAUUUCUUUUUACUAACAGCCCGUUUGUAUGUUUUACGAUGGUUAUACAUAUUAUUAUAUACUUAACACUAACCAUUGUAAAGAAUUCGUGAACGAUUUAACGUAAACUUAACAGUGAUUUUAAUUUAAUAAUUGUAAUCGAUUGUCUUUUGCUGGAAUGUUCUUUAUAUUGUUAAGCUUGACACCAUCUAACCAUUUGCAGAAUAUAAAGCUGUUAUUGAGAGAAACAUUUUAUUGUAUAAGUUAAAACGUAUUCUUAUCUCCGCACAUUUCAAUAUGAACAAUGAGGUUAUUUUCAUAACGAUAGCAAAAUCUAUAGUGUUGCCUUAAAACUGGCUUUACAUCGUGGAUUCUAAGCAAUUGAUAUUCCAAAGCAAGAGACAGCACAGUUCACGAAUUCAUAUCCAAAUACAGACGGGUGUGAAACUGUGAUUUUAUAUAUAUGUAUAUUUAAUUUAAAUAUAUCUCUUGCAAAUGUAAUAUAUGAUUUUUUUGUUAUUUUUAGUUAGCUACACGUGUUUAGUCUAAUGUACUUUAUCUGUGAUUCCUUUUGUUUAGCGUAACUUUCGUGUAACUCAUGUACGUCGAAAUAAAUAUUUGUGUAACAAUU